AUGAGAGACGAGACGGGAGAUGACAGUGAGCCAACCAAGACAGGCAAAGACGCAAUUGCCAAUCGAGGAGCGCAAUUCAACACAGAUCAGCUCAUAGCGGAGAGACAGAGAGAUGACGGCGUGAGAAAAAGGAAACCGGGGAGUCGGAACGGGAGCGAGGCGGCCAGCGGGUUUUACAGCACCACGACGACCACCGCGGGCAAGGCAGGUGUCAGAAGACAAACCGCCAGCCGACAGAAGAAGAGUGAGAAAGCGAGAGUCAAAAAGAGGAACCGGCAGCUAGCUGGACGCCACGGUGGGCGGCCAUUGGGAGGGAUCGUCGUUGCUCGUCGAGACUCCCAAUCAAGAAUCAAGACGCAGAGCCACACCCGUUUUCCAGCUCCAGCUCCUGCAGCCGUCUCUCUCGCCCUCGCCCGCGCCCAGCCCAAGCGACGCCCAGUGACGCCUGGAAGCUCUGCGGCCCACGCAAUAAAAGCAGGCUAUUGCAAUGCCUGCUGCACUAUUGAUCACUACCUGGGUUGCAAGAAUGAUGGCAUCCAAGGCGGCCAACCACUGCGCAGCAACUCGCAGCUCAGCCAGCAAUCCCAGCGCCAAUUGGCAAUAGUCGUCCGUCCCACCCGGGCCCCUUGCUUCCCCGAGCUCGAUCUGGAAGCUGCAUCCCAGCUCGCCCAGCUCGCCCAGCUCGCCCAAUGCGCCUCGUCGCCCCUGAAGGCCGCCCAGAACGGCGCGCUGGAUGGGCGCCCGCGGAUCUGAUUUGAGAGAGGGGAAACGGACGCCUAGCGUUGCAGCGUGCCGCUAAUAGUCCCAUGCCAUGGCGGUCGCUCCCCCAGACUGAUUGGUCGCCUGGUCCACCUACUGCGAGGGAGGUGCAUAGGUACAUAAGGUAGCAUGUAUGUCUCUUGUGCAAAAACCGGGCCUGGGAGCUGGCAGUAGAGACGGCGAGGGGUUUGCCAAAAGAAGCAAAGCAAAUGAAGACGAGGCUGGAGGCUGAAUGGGCGCAGUCUGUGCGGACACAAUUGUCGACACAAUUGUCGACAGAACGGGCGAUGGAAUUGAUUGAUAGCAGAGUUGAAGGCGCGACGGUUCAAUGCCGUUAGCCAGCCCUAUAGCUCCAUGCCAUGACGGGAUAAUGAUCACGGGUUAUUAUCAUCAAGAUCGGCCGGCAAGUCCCGUCACAAGGC